AUGUUUCUAUGGCUCGUUUGGGAGGAUAGAAAUCUAUUUUUGAAUGGUGGUCGUCUGAGUGAUAUUGACGUGAUGAUUGAUAAAGGCUUCAGAUUGGUGAAGAACUACGACAAGGCCCAAGCUUCUUUGAAGGGAAGAAAAGGAAAUGAGAAUGGUUGUUAUCUUCAAUUUAACGCAGUUGUACGAGACUCUGAAAUUGGUUUGGGAGUUUGGAUAAAAUAUUCAGAAGGUCUUGUAGUCGCGAUUUUCGAAUCCAAUAUGUCAGGUUCAUUCUCUCCAACUUUAGCUGAGGUUUUAUCUAUUCAAUUUGGGUUACAGUUCACUUCUAUGAUAGGAGUGAAGAUCCAACAAGUCACCACAAAUUUUUUUGAAGUAGUGCAAAGACUGAUCGCGAAUGAUUCACAUCACCCUUUCAAAGGCAUUUUCUCGAAUAUCCUAGCACCCUUGGAUUCAUUAGAUUGUGGACUCAACAUACCCAACCGACUUCAUAAUGAGAUUGCUCGCACCAUUGCUAUAAGUGGGCGGUGGGAUAAAUAA